UUUGGGGAUUCAUUAGACUCCAUUGAUUUCAGUUUUAUAAAGUAGGUUUUGUUAAAAAUCUACUUUUCUGUGGCAGCAAUACUGCCACUUUGAAUGGAGUUUUAUCUAUUCUGCACUGUACGGCUUCUUGUCUAAGAGCCUGGGCCAACUAAGGUAAAUUAAGGUAAACAGAUGCCAGUCCUGGACUUAUCUGCCUCAGGUUACUUUGACUAAAAGUUCUUUUAUACCAGUCUAUUUAUUGCAAAACGCUAACAGGGUACAAAAAAGUAAGACAAGUCUUGAGUGGCAGGUUGCAGUUUGAAAAAAAAAAAGGAAUAAUCCUCAAUUUAGCUCAAGUUUGUUUAGAUAAGAAGGCAGAAAAGAUAGGUGUUUUCUGUUAUUAGGCUAUUUAUUUGACAGCAAGGUUAGGAUACUUAUUUGAAUGUUGGCUUAGUUUAAACCUCAUGUGUUGGCGGAGGAUACAACAGAUCAUCAGGAGCAGUAGCAGCUGCAGCAGCAUGAGUCUCUUGUGCAUCUUAUGGCUGCUGACAGUCUGUCUGGCUCCUGGAAGCCAAGGCCAGAGGCCGAGGGAGGCGGAGGGGGAGCAGCCAGGAGGCAAGGCUCAGCUGGCGGAGAGAGACGCACUCUGCCACCAGGAGGGAUGCUACGCUGUCUUCCUCCAGAAGAGAACCUUCAGGGAGGCUGGGCGGAGCUGCCGGGAGCGAGGUGGGACCCUGGCAACAAUGCACACUCACGAGGCAGCGGGUGUGGUCCACGAGCUGCUGUCGGCCAUCGAGACGCAGGGGUCCAGGUUGAGGCUUCGGCUCUGGAUCGGGCUUCACAGACCUCCACGCCAGUGUUCAUCCACUCGACCGCUCAGGGGAUUCGUCUGGGUCACAGGAGAUCAGGACGGCCAGUUCACCAACUGGCUCCGUGAGGACACCCCUGGGACCUGUGCUGCCCCUCGCUGUGUCGCCAUGACUGUCCACACUUCUGAGAAUGGACGUGAGAGCAAAGACAACUUCCGAUGGGUUGAUGGCUCCUGUGCGUUGCCUUUGGAUGGAUAUGUUUGCCAGUACAACUACAAGGGAAUGUGUCCCCCGCUGGAGGAUGAGGGCAGAGGUCCCGCUGUUUACACCACCCCAUUUCACCUUGUCAGCGCCCUGCUGACUCAUGUGCCCUACGGCUCUGUAGCAGCUCUACCGUGCCCUGCAGACAGCGCAGACCCAGAUUCUCCUGCUGAGCAGACAGUGCUAUGCAUGGAGAGAGAUGACGAGACGGUGGGCUGGUCCAGGGAUGCCCCGCUCUGUUCAUCCAGUGCAGCGCCACAAAACCAGGACUGGUGUAGCGGGGACCAUGGAUGUGAGCAGUUCUGCCAGAACACAGACACAGAUUACUACUGUUACUGCUCCGAAGGCUUCACAAUAGAUGAAGAUGGCUACAGCUGCAAGCCCGACCCCCUGGGUCCAACAGACCCACCUGAGCUGUCCUCCGACUCUGCCGGUUCCACCGACCAGCCCCACAUGAAAGAAGUCUGUGUGGAAGCAGGAUGCGAGUACGAUUGCAUGGAGACACCUCGGGGAGUCCGCUGCAUCUGUCCACCCGGCUACCAAAUGGGUCCAGAUGGCCGUGGAUGUUCCGACGUAGAUGAAUGUCAACAGCAGCCUUGUCCACAACUCUGUGUCAACAUCCCAGGAACCUUCCACUGCACCUGCCACCAGGGGUAUCAGCCAGACGACGAGGGCGAGUGCGUGGACACUGAUGAGUGCCUUGAUGAGGGCAGCUGUGAGGGCAUUUGUGAGAACACAGUAGGGUCCUUCACAUGUCUGUGUAACCCCGGCUAUGAGCUGGGCAGUGAAGGAGAGUGUGUGGAUUUAGAUGAGUGUGUUGGGGAGUCGCCCUGCCAGCAGCAGUGUCUCAACUAUGUGGGAGGCUACCAGUGUUUCUGUGACAACGGCUAUGACCUGCAGUCGGAUGGACUCACCUGCCAGCCUUCGCCUGAUGAUGAAGAAUAUUCCACCUUGACCCCUGAUCCUAGUGACUCUGCUCACCCACCUGACGUGUACCCAAACCACGACAUUCCCUGGUCCACUUCGUUCACCCCUGAUCCAAACUUCGAAGCUGACACAAACUUUGACGUCGACUGGCUGACCGAAGCCCCUGAAGCCCUUUCCCCUGACAUGGCUCAUGGAUCAGAUAACCACCUAAACCAAUGGGAUUCCCUGUCACCCAGGCGAUAUCAGACAGCUCCAUCCCCCACACAAAAAGACAGCACAGGCAAUGAAAUUGAUAAUGAGGCUGAAGCUAAAGCAGGAAACAGGGGAGCUAGUGGUGCGGCUAGUGGUGGAGCUGAGUCUUCAAAUGGGUCAGCUGCUGGGACUCAGGAGGCAGAAGAACCAAAGAUUAAUAGUGCAGAGGACACCAGUGGCACAGCAGAUGUUGGGGAUGGAUCUGCUGCAGGUAAACGGAAGCACGAUAAGAGCUGGCUGCUUGUGGCCCUGCUGGUUCCGCUUUGUGUUUUUCUUGUGGUCAUGCUGGCUUUGGGGAUCGUCUACUGCACCAGCUGUGCUGUGGACAAGAGCCUCAGCUUCUCGGACUGCUAUCGCUGGGUACUCCCUACAACGCCUCCUGACAGGAGGGACGGCAAAGCCCAAGCAUGAACUCUAAAAUAAACACACAGAUGUGUUAAAGGCAAAGAUGUCUGUUAACAUUUCUCUUGUGGUGUAGGACUGGUCACUAAAACUACAAUUUGGAUAUAGUGCUGACUGGCUCUCCCACUCAUCAAGGAAAAUUUGAAGUCCCUCUCCGGUCAUUGUUUUAACUCCUAAAAAGUCAUCUCUGUGUAUCGAAGUUACUUAUAUAGAAAUUUUCUUUUCCAUGAAAAUCAUCUUUCUUACUCUUAAAAUGGCUUUGAUGUAACUGUUGCUUUCUCUAGAAUGUGCAGCUCUAUGAAGUCGUUGCCUCUCUCUUUACCUCUCCGCUUACCGCAGCUCGAGCACACCAGCUCACCUACGACUGCUCAAAACACUGUAAAACAGCUCUACGCUACACAACAGCAAGUUGAAAUAUUGAAGUAAUUCAGUGAUACGUGUUCGAACUGGAAAUUGACUCUGAAGGAGAGUAAUGAUACAGAAAGUACCUUGCAAGUUGAUAUGACUGGUUUCUUGGGUUUGUGACAUAUGAAGGCUGAAUAUGUCUUUUUGAGACUGUCAUCAGUAGGUUCAAGGUGGAAACACCCAUCCAUGGCACUGCCUGCCUAUUUUGCUCAUGAUGUGUCUUUUUGCAAAUGAAAAAAAACAACACAUAUGGACAUGUUCAUAGGGGGGGAAAAAAAACAAAAAAACAAAAAAAACAGACUUGAUUUUUACCGGAGGGGGCCUUUAAUACUUUCUGUUGCACAGCCUUUGUAAAUAAUUCACUCUCUCAUCAUGUUUUUAAAAAUUCAAUAAAACCUUUAAACUGA